UGAGCCUUUCCCGAUCUUUACACCUGCGAGGGUUCAGAACAGUGUCUAUUUGACCCCGGAAACCUGUCGAACAUGGACCUUGGAGAUAAUGAGAGACCCUACAAAAAGAGGCGAUUUUUCGUUGACGAAGACGAGACCAGAAACACCGACCCUACCCCGACGAACCUCGACGCGUCAAGCGCUUCUCGAUCGGACGAGCACGAUAACGGCAAUGGCCAGGAGACUGGGACACAGCCAUGGUCGUUAUAUCAGCCGGGCCAGGAGCUAAAAGUGUCCCCGCUACUCCCUUCCCCUGAUACGCCCGCCAAACACCAGUACGAGACAUUCCACAAGCAUUCGAACGGCGCAGUACGCAGGCGAAAUCCGAGUCCGGUUGACAGAAUCGUUAAAAAUUUCAUUGACGGGGAAAAUGGAGAGCCCAUCGGACCACCUGACGAGCCAGACCUUGAAGCACAGAGUACGCCGAGAGAAACGCCACAAACAGACAAUAGUGGAUUUGAUACGGAACUAUUCACGAGCAUCGUUGGAGAGCAACUGCCAGCUAGCACAGUCGAGAAGAUUCGCAUAGCUUCAAACAACAAUGUAGAAACGGCAGUCAAUGUUUACUUCGACGGAUCGUGGAAGAAAACGUCUAUUCUAAGCAGAACAACGCAGUCCGCAUUGACGUCUCGUCAACAGAUCCCUACACAGAUGACACCGUUUAUGCAGCCUACAGUAGAGAUUAACAACAGUAAUGGAACGACUGCGCCAGCAAAACAAAUGCCGUCACGCCUCUCGUCUCAGCCCUCAUCCAGGUACAUCGGUGCUUUUGGUGUUGCAGCAUGGGCUACUCGAAGUGGUACGGGAUUACUCAAACAUGGAGAGCGUGUCAAGAUCGAGCGUACACGAUCCCAGCCCCUGGAAAAGCGCGGGCGUGGGGGCAAAACGAUCACCAAUCAAAAGGUGGAUGUCCUCACCCGUUUCACCAACCAAGCCGGUCAGGAGAUUGGAAGACUGCCGCGAGAAAUCGCGGAGUGGGUGUCACCAUUGGUUGACCAAAAGAUAUGCACUUUUGACGGUGUCUGUGUGUUUGUUCCCGACCGCCUGCGGGUGAAUGACACGGUGUAUCUCCAAUUGUGGUGCUAUUUGCGCAAAGAAGCAUUUAUACCUCGGGCAUUCGUUGGCACAACGGACGAUAAUAGAUCUACCGGCAUGUUUGAAGAAAAGGAGAGCAUGGAAGAAAAGAACUUGCGCCUGCGUCAGGUUGGUCUUAUAAAGCUGUUUGACGAAAUCGGCCUAUAUGCGACGACGGCCAACGAUAUGACCAAGAAACACACAAAAGAAGGAUUACUUCGUGCAGCUGAAAUGUCGGAACAGUAUGACAAAGUCAAGAAAGAGAACAAGACGAAUAACAGCCCUCAGGACGAGGACAACGAAGAGCCGGAGUUAGAAAGGGACCAGCUUGAUACCCUGUACAAGAAAGCCCAGACUUUCGAUUUCAAUAUGCCGGAGGCUCAACCCUCGUCGACGUUUGCCAUGGAACUAAGAAAGUACCAGAGACAGGCACUUCAUUGGAUGCUAUCCAAAGAGAAGGACAACAAGUCUAAGAGCACAAGGAAAUCAAUGCAUCCUUUGUGGGAAGAGUAUCAGUGGCCCACAAAGGAUGCUGAUGACAAGGAUCUUCCAGUUGUUGAAGGGAUAAAUCACUUUUAUGUCAACCCGUACUCUGGGGAACUCAGCAUCGAAUUCCCUGCUCAGGAACAAAACUGUCUUGGUGGCAUUCUGGCCGACGAGAUGGGUCUGGGUAAAACAAUUGAAAUGCUUAGUCUCGUUAACGCACAUCAAUACAAUCCAGGGGAUCCCAUUCUCAAAGAUCCCAGUAUGACACAACCGGAUUCCUCUGGUGUUGUUCCCGCGCCAUACACUACCCUUGUCGUCGCACCCACAUCUCUUCUUGCGCAAUGGGAGAGCGAGGCUCAAAAGUCUGCCCAAUCCGGGACGAUGAACACCAUGAUGUACUAUGGGACUGAACAGUCAACUAACCUGAGGAAGGUUUGUUGUGCGGCAAAUGCUGCUUCAGCUCCUCGUGUCAUUGUAACUAGUUAUGGUGUUGUCCUCUCUGAGUACAGUUCGCAUGUGUGGCGCUCAAGGUGGCAGACGGAAAGCUGGUAUGGCUCAUUGUUCACGGUGAAGUUCCACCGAGUCAUCCUCGACGAGGCGCAUGUGAUUAAGAAUCGCCGUUCAAAGACGGCGCGGGCUUGUUACGAUCUGAAUGCGACUCAUCGAUGGGUUCUCACAGGAACUCCUAUCGUGAACCGCCUGGAGGACUUGUUUAGUUUGGUGCGGUUCCUCAAGGUUGAGCCGUGGAACAACUUUUCUUUCUGGAAGACUUUCAUCACAGUACCAUUCGAGUCCAAGGACUACGCACGCGCGCUCAAUGUCGUGCAGACAGUGCUGGAGCCGCUGGUCUUACGGCGUACAAAGACGAUGAAGACCCCAGAAGGGGAACCAUUAGUGCCGCUACCACGCCGGACCAUUACGAUUGAAGAAGUCGAUCUCUCAAAAGAAGAAAGAGAGGUGUACGACUUUAUAUACACGCGAGCUAAGCGUACAUUCAACGACAACGUCGAAGCGGGUACUUUGCUGAAGUCGUAUUCAACCAUCUUCGCACAAAUCCUGCGUCUUCGCCAGAGUUGCUGUCAUCCCAUCCUCACCCGCAAUAAAGAAAUCGUUGCCGACGAGGAAGAAGCAGCCACUGUAACCAAUGCAUCCAACGGCCUCCAAGAUGACAUGGACCUGCAAGACCUAAUCAGCCGCUUUACGACGGUCACAGAGUCUGGAGGAGCGAAUGAAGGCCAAGGUCAAGAUCCCGCGAGCAAGUUCACAACCUACGCCCUGAAACAGAUCCAAAACGAGUCUAGUGGGGAAUGUCCAAUCUGCUCAGAAGAGCCUAUGAUCGACCCAGCGGUAGCAGCAUGCUGGCACAGCGCUUGCAAGCAGUGUCUAGAGGACUACAUCCGGCAUCAAAUCGACAAGGGUCUACCACCACGAUGCUUUUCGUGUCGCGCACCAGUCAGCUUAACGGAUAUUUUUGAAGUGAUCAGGCACCAAUCACCCAAUUCGGCGCCUGCUGAAAACGAAAUUUACAGCAACACGCCUCCUUCCAGCUCGCAGCCAGCGCCACGCAUCUCCCUCCGCCGGAUUAAUCCACUAUCGCCAUCUGCACAUACCUCAGCCAAGAUCCAUUCCCUCCUUAAUCAUCUCUCCCGGAUACCACCGAACACAAAAUCUGUAGUCUUCUCCCAAUUCACCAGUUUCCUCGACCUCAUCUCCCCACAACUCACGAAAGCGGGCAUCCAACACGUCCGGCUCGAUGGGACAAUGCCCCAAAAAGCCCGCGCCGAAGUCCUCGCCCAGUUCAACAAAACCGAAAUCUACGAGGAAAUCGAUGAGGAAGACCCCACGCCUACCGCUCUCCCUACCACCCGUUUCAACGCACCUAAACCAAAGCCCAACCAGAGUCCUAACCCCACCGUCUUGCUGAUCUCUCUCCGCGCCGGUGGCGUCGGACUCAACCUCACAGCCGCGAGCAACGUCUUCAUGAUGGACCCGUGGUGGAGUUUCGCCAUUGAAGCGCAGGCUAUUGACCGCGUGCACCGGAUGGGACAAAUACGGGAUGUAAAUGUGACGCGGUUUGUAGUGAAAGAUUCGAUUGAGGAACGGAUGUUGCGGGUGCAAGACAGGAAGAUGAACAUUGCGGGAUCCUUGGGGUUGAGAGUUGGGGGCGAUGGAGAAGGAGAUGGGAAGAAGGAGAGGAUUGAGGAAUUGAGGUUGUUGUUUGAGUAGACUCUGAUGGUUAUUUGGUUAGUGCACUAGACUUGCAUCUGUGCCGGACACGAUGUUGGAUAACGUAAUCCACAGCCGAGCUGACCAUACAACCGAGCUGACCAUUUUCUCCGCAACCACAAGGAUAUUAAAGCUUUUCAACCACCAACGCCAUUAAACUAGACUAUAUAAAAAAUAAAAAUGAAUAGUUAUUUACUAGGACAACCUCUUUAUCGUAUGUCCUAUAGUCCCACAGCCACUACAGCGUUGUGGAGCUCGCUUGCGAUGCCGAGAUAUAGGCUCUUCA